AUGUUGAAACGCGCACUCUGCCUGCUCGCUUUGGGCGCACAGCUGGUCAACGCCCAGGUGAAUGUUGCCGCCGCCGCGCUCGUCCCGGCCUACAUCUACCCGGAGACUGCAACUACCUGGCAGCCUCUUUACACCCAAAUCAAAAACUACCCCAACGUCAAGUUCAACGUCAUCGUCAACCCCGAGAGCGGCCCCGGCGCCGCAACGCUCCCCGAUGCGAACUAUCAACGCGAGAUCCUCAAGCUGCGGACCUACAAAAAUGUCCGCCUGGUCGGCUACGUCGCUGUGAACUACACCAACAAAGCGCUACCCACCGUCAAGGCCGAAGUCGCCAAAUACGCAAGCUGGCCUGCAACCUCCAAAAACACCGCCCUCUCGGUAGAUGGCAUCUUCUUCGACGAGGCCCCCAGCGACGCCGCCACCGCAAAGAUAACCUACAUGCAAUCCGCCACCAAAUACACCCGCUCCUUCGCCUCCACCGGCCUCUCCGCGACCCCCUACGUCGUCACCAACCCGGGCUACCCGCCCGCCCGGUCGUACCUCUACAACGCGACCGACACCACCAUCGUGCCCGAUCUCUCGCUCGUGUACGAGGAGGCGUACGCGACGUGGGUGGCGAACGAGGACACGGUGGACGCGGCCAUCUGGGCGCUGAACGUCGACGACGCGAAGCUGGCCGUGAUGCUGCACGGCGUGCCCAAGGCGACGGCGUGCGCCGAUGUCGGCGCCCUUGUCGAUGAGCUGAAGGGGAACACCGGCGUGAGGACGCUGUGGUUCACCGACGAUGCCGACUAUCAGGUUUGGCCGGAUGCGACGCUGUGGGCGCGGUAUCUGAAGGCGUUUGCCAGUGGGGGGACCGCGUGUUAA